AUGGCUGGAAUUAACCAUUUACAAAAUUACCCAGAAUUAUAUAUUGAAAGUAUUUCUGAUGAUCACUGGAAUAACUAUAUUCGACAAAUGUCAAAACAAGGCACAUGGUGUGAUAAUAUCAUUAUGCAAGCUGUGGCUAAUGCAUAUAACUGUGUCAUCCAUAUCACAGAAUCUAAUAUAGAUUCACCUGAAGGUAUAUUCCUAACUCCUGUUGCUGAUCAGGUAGGACGGAAGACAAUUUUUAUUGGAUAUAUCAAUGAGUUCCACUAUGUUUCAACAGUGACUGAGAAAAAUGGUCAACAUAAAAACAAACUGAGAUACAUAAAGAGAAAGUUAUCAGAAACCAAUGAAAACAAACAAUGUAGACAUCUCAAGCACAGAAAUUACUUGAAAAGAGUCAAAUAUACAGAAACAGCCAAUGAGAGGGCAAGCAGACUUGCGGAUAAAAGAGCUACUUAUAAGAAAAAAUGUGUGUGAAGAAACUCCUGAAAAGCGAAAAGAGAGACUUGCAAAUAAGAGAGACAGUUAUAGAAAAAGGAUGUCUGAAGAAACUGCUAAAAAACGAAAAGAGAGACUUGAAAAUAAGAGAGCCAGUUAUAGAAAUGAGAAGUCUGAAACAAUUUCCGAUGGACAAAACAAAAGUUGUGCCAAUCCAAUUCAUGAACAAAAACAGGCACAAAAUAACAUGAACAUUUUUCAUAAGUCCAAUGAGUUUUCAGUUUCUCAAUGCACUGUGUGUUUUGAAGCAUGGCCAUUGAAAUCCAACCCAAGGAGGGCAAACCAUUACCAGUGUCAAAGGUGCACAAGAGAUAAACAACAACCAAAGAAAUUUUCCAAGGAAAAUGACAUGUUGCCAUCAUUAGUACCUUUACAACUGCUAGGAUUAACCCAAGUAGAAGAAAUGCUUAUUGCACGUGCACUCCCUAUUAUGCGUGUUUACAUAAAACCUGGUGGACAAAGGGGCUAUUCGGGCCACGUUAUCAAUUUGCCUCAGAAUAUAGCUGAACUAGCACAUUCUCUGCCUAGAUACCCAAAGGAUUUAUCUGUUAUUGUUGUUAAAAAAAAAAAGUAAAGACAACAGUUUUAAAGAUGUGACAGUACGAAGACAAAAUGUAGCUGAUGCACUGAAAUGGCUUAUCAAUAAUAACCCACACUACAAGGACAUAAACAUAAAUCAAGAUUCUUUAAAUUCUUUACCAGAAGAUGGUGUUCCACAUGAUCUUCUUUCAGUUGAAACCGAAAAUAUUGAUGAGACUGCUGCAUGUGAGCCUGACUCGGGUCCUCAAAAUGAAGAUGACAUUGUUUAUAAUGAGGGCACGGAAAUGAGUAGUUUUCUACCUAUCCCUGAUUGUCAAGCACAAGAAAUAGAUGCUGUCCAGCAACAACUGUGUCACCAAGCUACAAUGCCUUGGCCAACAGUAGAUAAUGAACCAAUGAAUGAGUACCUCACUCCCUUUCUAGCAACACUUGCUUUCCCAACAUUAUUUCCUGAUGGUAAGGGUGAUCCUACCAACCCGUCAUUACGCCGAGAUAUACCACUCGGAGAAAGAGUCAAGCACCUUUUAAAAUUUGGAGAAAACAAAAAUGGCAAAUGGGUAUAUCGCUUUGCUACUCACCCUAGAUUUGCUUACUGGGCAUUGAAUAUGAUACAAAGAAAACGUAUUCUACAACAGACACGCAUGUUCCUAAAACAAAACCCAGGAGAAGCACAUUUGACUGCUGAAGAGCUCCGCCAAAUGGCAGCUAGCAAUAACACAAGUGUAUUCAUAUCUAAGAUAUCGCGCUAUCUUAGUAACAUUACAGGCUCUGAUGCUUAUUGGCAAAAAGCUAAAGAAGAACUAAAAGCAGUAAUAGCCCAUGCUGGGGCUCCAACAUUCUUUUUUCACAUUCUCCUCUGCAGAUAUGCAUUGGCCUGA